AUGGCCGAGUCAUUUGAGGAUUUAUCAGUUGGAAACAAACCUGCUGUUUUGGAUGUUUCUCUGGACACAACUCCAUUUUUCAGCUUUGCAAGGGAUCUGGAGUACCUCGAAGAGGUGAAUGGUGACAGAGACAACACUGGUGAAAGACCGGACACAGGUGAUUUGUUUGGUGGUACAGAACCGGUGGAAGCAGACAAGUUUUCUCUGUUUAGUCCGACGACUUUGGCUGACGAUGAUGUUGCAAACCAGCAGUUGAAAAAACAUGACAGUGUAGGAGAACAGGAGUCGUUUCAACAGGUUGUUUCUCACACUGGGUUCAACUUUGAUGCAUCACUCAAUGUUGCCUUCAAUUCUGCAAACGCUGAACAACCCAAACAGAUAUGGGAGACUGGCAUUUGGAAACACAUCUUUGGAGAUGAUGAUACUCCUCUGGACUUUGAUGUUUGGGGGCCGCCGGUGACCAGACCUGCUCUUACAGCUUGGGGCGUGGAUAGUCGGAUUUUGGAGGCAGAUGUGAAGUGUCCAAACAAACGUUGCCAUGAGCCUACAUUCAACUUUCUGGAUGUGGUGUCGUUCAAACCUGAUGUGCCGUGGCAAGAACAGAGGGAAGCAGAUUUACAACGUGGCAUAAAGUUGUGGAUUGCGGUCACCAGCAGGUGGCAUGACGAGUGCUCCAUGGCACACAAGCUCAGAGAAAUGAGGACAGAAGAAGAGGUCUUCAACAUGUUUGCACACGUCUUCAGUGGGCGUGCACCUGUCACAGUGCGGAAACGUGGAGCAGCAGUGCUUCGCAUUUGUGAUUACUUGGAGACCAACAUGUUGGAGGCCUUCCCCAUGCAAGAGAUCACAUUUUACAGGGUUGUUGAAUCUCCAGUGGAAGAGCAUGUUCCUCAGAGUGCGGAAGUCAAAGUUGAAGUUGUAGUGUCAUCAGACGAGGAACAUGGUGAUGAAUUGCAGAAGAGUUCCAGUUCUGAUAGCACUUCAAGCUCUGAUUCAUCGUCAGGUGGCAUCCCAGAGAAUCAUGGACUGAAUAAGGUCUUUGCUCCGCCCAAGCCUCCAGAGGGUUUUCAGAGUUGGCAGCAUGCAAAACUGAAGACAGUUCAUUUGACUGAGCCGGGUUACUUCCGGGUCUUCGUUUGUGGACGACCUGUAGACCGAAUUGGCGAGCGCUGCACGGGAGUCUACUUUGACCACAUAGGAGCAUGCAUGUGCACCCUCUCAGACUUUGUGGGAGUCAAAAAGGGUGGGAAACGGAAGUUGGUUUCACUACAGCCCAACUCGAACAACGAUGACGGGCGCAAAAGAAGAUGUGGUGGCAAGGGCACUUUUGUCCAAGACAACAACUUGCCUACACGGCCCAAGCCACAAGACGUGGUGCCAGGCAGUGCCAGGCUGACCCGAACUGCCAGGGAAGCUGGGUUCAAUGGAAUUGCCGUGGACCACACAGACAAGAGGACUUGCGGCAUUGAUAUUUGCAUUUUUGAACUGGAAGAUCAAGAGCAGGUCAAUGACCUUUGUGCUUUCCUGGAGGCGGAGGCGGAAAACAUUGCUGCAGUUUGGAUCGCUCCUUCAUGUGGCACAGCUAGUAAGGCGCGUGAGAGGCGCCUACCACAAUUGGCGCGACUGGGCAUACAAGUGCCCAUUCCUUUGCGGUCCAAUGAACAACCGGACCAAAUAGAUGGCCUUGCAGACACUGACAAACUCAAAGUUGAGAAGGCUAACAUGCUUUACAAUGCGGUGGAGCAGAUCACUCGCACAACCUGCAGGGCAAACAUUUUCACUGGCAUUGAAAACCCUGGCAACAGCCAUUACUGGGGGACAACACCGAUGCAAAGCAUCAUGCAAGAGUUUGGUGAUAAGUUUGUGCGGAAAAGGGGUGAGUUGCGGGUCGUGCAGGCAGGCCACCCACGAGGACUCGAUGUUCACGUGGACGAUGCAAUGCAAGAGGUGGUAAAACAGAACCUUGUAGACCCUCCAUACAUGUUGGCCAAAAAGAGGGUGCAAUACAUGAAAAAAUGGACGGCGAGAGCAAAGGAGCUUGCUGUGCAGGAACAACAGCUAAGGGACAAGAUGCCUGAGCAUGUCAGAGACGUGGUGGGGCAGAAACGUUUGCUUUUGAUGGGCGAGAUGCUGGAGGAGCUUGGCUAUCCUGAUGACAAGCUCACUAGUGACAUAGCAAGUGGGUUCAGGCUGAGUGGAUACAUGAGGAAGUCCAACGUUUUCAGAGCCAGGUCAAAGAGGCCUGCAAUGACUAUGGAGACCCUCAGGAAGCUUGGAAAGUCCUUUAACUCCAAGAACCUUGCAGCUCUUGGCAAGCGCCAGGACCCUGAACUGGAAGAGUCGACCUGGAAGGAAACACAGGUUGAGCUGGAGAAAGGAUAUGCUUUCGGCCGUGUGGCCAAUUCUGCGGUUAAGGCUUUGGGACGCCUUUGCAAUAGUCCUGAGCCUGUUUCCAAGUUCAGCGCCUCCAUGCGCACCACUCUGGAGUUUCUGCAGCAACGAGUCCUGCAAGGGGUCAUGGAUGACCUACUCGAGAGGUCGCAGAACCCGAUUCACGAACUGGAAGUCCUGCCGGUUCUGAUAGCAGCUGAACUAUGGGGACAAACCUAUGCUGAAGCGCAGGUGGUAUAUUACAUCGACAAUGAGUCGUUAGACUUCAAAGAAGUGCUAGAGCUCGGUGCCACCAAAACCAGUAUCAACUGGGAGCUGGUGAUGAAGCACCUUGAGGAAGUGAAUUUGCUUUGGGCUGGUUUGGGGUUUUAUGCCCGUGCCAAGCGCUUGCAUGAAGCUCAUGAACUGCUCCGAAAAGCUUUGGUGCCAAACGUCACACAUUUUCCUGCAAGACCCGUUCAAAAGAAACGUCGUGAAAGAUCCUUUGCUGUGGCUGCUGUUACUGAUGGCUCUGCAUGGAUGUUGGUGCGCAGACCUCCAAAUGGUCUUCUUGCGGGGCAGUUGGAGUUUCCAUCCGUGGAAAUCAAACUUGAAAAGGAGGAGAACAAUCUGGUCAAAACUCUGGACAACGCGACCAAAGAUGAUGUCAUGCACAGAUUGUGGCAAUCCAUGGUCAAUGAUUUCAGUCUCAAUGGUGUGGUUUUGGAUCCGUUUGAAGUUCCAUUGGAACAUAUUUUCUCCCACGAGCGACAUGUGAUGCAUAUCUUUCGGGGCUACGUUACAGCUCGGCCAUUGAGUCACACCAGUCAUUUGGAAGUGUUCUGGCUGAGUGUUUCCGAAGCAGAGCAAAAUUUCUGCAUCACAACCUGUUUGCAGAAGGUUUUUGGAGCCCUCACUGGAUCCUCCAAGCGUCGAAAACGGGAACUUUGA